AUGGUACUGAAAGGAAUAGCGGUUUUGCCAUAUUGCGCGCUGGCGCUCCUGUCCGGUCUGACAAACGCGAGGAGUGGCGAUGUCUCCUCGUUUCAACUGCUCGCUCGAUUGUCAUUUCCAACCGUCGAAACGACGGAGCGCCGCGAGAUACUGGAGACGGCGCACAAAAGGCUGUUCUCGUUCAUCGACACCCACAUCAAGGACCUGAAGCGGCUGCUCUUCGAGACGGACAUGGCCCUCAUGUCUAUGGUGCUGCUGAAACUCAACAAGAAGAUGGACACCUCGGAGGCGAAGAUCAAGUCCACGCAGGCGAAGAUACCGUUCGGGCUGUACGCGAGUCCGGAGUUCAAAUGCCUAGGGACGUCCUACUACAUCGCGUCGGCGCACAAUCAAGACGACGCGCAAAUGAUACUCUCCAGCGAAAGGAAACCUCACUGCUACACUUUUAGGGGUGCGUUCGCGUUCUCCGGCUUCUACCACCGCCACUCGGAGACCACGUACGUGGGCCCGCACGCCGAACAGUUCCAGGCAAAGGACCCCAGCCAGGGUCUCUACUGCCACUCGGACGACAACUGGAGCGACGCGCAGUGCAUAUACAAGAUUAACCCGCGGGAGGAGUUCCCCGAGUCGGUCGAGUACGAGCCGAAGAGCUCGGACCUCUCUUUCAUGUACCAGAACGGGCAGGUGUUCUACACGGACGAGCCUUGGGCGGGAAUGUCGUGUUGGAACUGGGCCUGCAAAUGGCGGCACAAUCAGAACCAACGCUCAAACGAGUUCUUUGUCAAC